AUGGCGGACACUAUCAUAACUCCAGAAGAACCGCAGACAGCAGGCACAAUAGAGUUGAAGGAGAACACUGUGAUCAUUGUUCUGGGUGCCUCUGGUGAUCUCGCAAAGAAGAAGACGUUCCCAGCCCUCUUUGGUCUUUUCCGCAAUAAGUUCCUGCCGAAAGACAUAAAGAUCAUUGGAUAUGCUCGAACAAAGAUGGACCACACCGAGUACCUCAAGAGAGUGCGCUCAUACAUCAAGACUCCCACAAAAGAGGUCGAGGAACAGCUCGAUAUGUUCUGUGACGUCUGCACAUACGUCGCAGGUCAGUACGAUCAAGACGAGCCGUUCCAGCAACUCGAUAAGCACAUUAGCGAAAUUGAGAAGGGCCGAAAGGAGACCAACAGAGUGUUCUACAUGGCUCUGCCUCCGUCGGUCUUCAUCACAGUAUCACAACACUUGAAGCGCAACUGCUAUUCCAAGCAGGGCAUCAACCGCAUAAUCAUCGAGAAGCCCUUCGGCAAAGAUCUGGGUUCUGCUCGUGAGCUGCAGAAGGCAUUGGCACCAGACUGGAAGGAGGAGGAAAUCUUCCGAAUCGACCACUACCUUGGCAAGGAGAUGGUCAAGAAUCUGCUCAUCAUUCGCUUCGGCAACGAGUUUCUCGGCAGCAACUGGAACCGUAAUCAUAUCGAUUCAGUCCAGAUUACCUUCAAGGAGCCCUUUGGAACCGAAGGUCGUGGUGGCUACUUCGAUGAGUUCGGCAUCAUUCGUGAUGUUAUGCAGAACCAUCUCCUCCAGGUCCUUACCCUGUUGGCUAUGGAGCGGCCUAUCUCGUUCUCGUCUGAAGACAUCCGCGACGAGAAGGUCCGUGUGCUGCGCUGCAUGCCUGCGAUCGAGCCCAAGAACGUGAUCAUCGGCCAGUACGGCAAGAGUCUUGAUGGCACCAAGCCCGCCUACAAGGAAGAUGACACCGUUCCCAAAGAGUCUCGGUGUCCCACUUUCUGCGCAAUGGUCGCUUUCAUCAAGAACGAACGAUGGGAUGGUGUGCCUUUCAUCAUGAAGGCUGGCAAGGCGCUUAACGAGCAGAAAACCGAGAUCAGAAUACAGUUCAAGGAUGUCACGAGUGGUAUCUUCAAAGACAUUCCUCGCAACGAACUGGUCAUCCGCAUCCAACCCAACGAAUCGGUCUACCUCAAGAUGAACUCCAAGCUACCCGGUCUGUCCAUGCAGACUGUCGUCACCGAACUCGAUCUCACUUACCGCCGCCGCUUCUCCGACCUCAAGAUUCCCGAAGCAUACGAGUCACUUGUCCUCGACGCCAUGAAGGGCGAUCACAGCAACUUCGUUAGAGAUGACGAGCUGGAUGCCUCAUGGAGAAUCUUCACCCCUCUGCUUCAUUACCUCGACCAGAAGAAGGACAUCGUUCCCAUGGAGUACCCCUAUGGCUCGCGUGGUCCUGCUGUCCUCGAUGACUUCACUGCUUCUUACGGAUACAAGUUCAGCGAUGCCGCAGGCUACAGCUGGAACAGUGGCUCCAACAACCAGAAGCUGUAG